CAUUGGAGACUUGGGAGUUUUUCCCUUAGACAGGGGUCAGCUGAAAGACAAAGAAAAAUGGCGAGUAGUUUGCAAGGAGAACAGCUCCUGUUUGCUUGGGCUUUGCCCUGGAUCUGCUACAGCCUUUCCCUUGCAUAUUCUCAUGCCUUUGUCCUUUCUUCUCCUUUUUUUUUUCUCUUUCCCGUGAGGGGGGAGGAAAGUGAGAGUGGAGCUGAAAGGGAAAAAUAGCAGUGCUUGUGCUUUUACAUAGCAUGGUGUGAUUUGACUUUCUCAACAAAAUGUUGGUGUAUGUGGCCUGAAACAUGUCUGCAGAUGGGUCAUUCGGACCAAGCAGCAGUGAUGCACAGCAAAGCCUUCAGUCUUUCUGGCCAAGGGUUAUGGAGGAGAUACGCAAUUUGACAGUGAAAGAUUUCAGAGUUCAGGACCUCCCUCUGGCUCGCAUAAAAAAGAUCAUGAAACUUGAUGAAGAUGUGAAGAUGAUCAGUGCUGAAGCCCCAGUUUUGUUUGCCAAAGCUGCACAGAUUUUUAUAACAGAGUUAACCCUACGUGCCUGGAUUCACACAGAGGACAACAAAAGGAGAACUCUUCAGAGAAAUGACAUUGCUAUGGCAAUCACAAAGUUUGAUCAGUUUGACUUUCUUAUUGACAUUGUCCCCAGGGAUGAAUUAAAACCUCCAAAGCGCCAGGAAGAAGUCCGGCAGACUGUGAACUCCACGGAGCCAGUUCAGUACUACUUCACUCUAGCACAGCAGCCAGCUGCUGUACAAGUGCAAGGACAGACAGCUGGUCAGCAAACUACAUCGUCCACCACCACCCUCCAGCCCGGUCAGAUUAUCAUAGCUCAGCCACAGCAAGGCCAGAAUGCACCAGUUACCAUGCAGGUUGGAGAGGGACAGCAGGUACAGAUUGUGCAGGCACAGCCUCAGGGACAAAGUCAGCAAGGGCAGAGUGGAGCUGGGCAGACCAUGCAAGUCAUGCAACAAAUAAUCACCAACACAGGAGAGAUUCAGCAGAUCCCGGUUCAGCUGAAUACAGGGCAACUGCAAUAUAUACGACUAGCCCAGCCAGUGUCCGGAACACAAGUUGUUCAGGGACAGAUCCAGACCCUAACAGCUAAUGCACAGCAGAUUGCACAAGCAGAUGUCCAGCAGGGACAGCAGCAGUUCAGCCAGUUUACCGAUGGCCAGCAAUUGUACCAGAUUCAGCAAGUCACCAUGCCAGCUGGGCAAGACAUCGCACAGCCACUGUUCAUCCAGUCCAGCGGGCAGGCAUCUGAUGGACAAACUACUCAGGUCACAGGGGACUGAGCAGGCAAAGCUUGAGGAAGGAACUGGAAAAGGAACGCAGACACAUGUACACAUAUAUACACGUACUCAGACGUGCCGACAAAUGCACACACUCGUGUGGUAUAGGCUCUACUGGCACUCAAAGGGAUAAAGGGAAAUUGUUUGCAGUUCAUGACUAGUGCCAGCCUUCAGGAUAGCUGGGGCCCGAAUUGGUUCUGUUGUGCAUCUUGCCCUGUGAGGGGACCAUUCUACGGAGGGGGUUUGUUGUGAAUACGCUGACAAAACAGAAGCACGAGAAACACCUGGAUGAGAGAUCCCUACAGUGUAUUUCCCAUGAUCACAUCCAGUUGCACUAAUUAUACUUGUGAUGCAGAUUUGGAUUUUCCAUUUAUUUAAAAGCAUAGUACCCUUUUAAAUGUAAUAAUAAAUGAGGCCAUGAACCAUGAGUUUCAAUGUUAGAUGAGCCACAGACAAUUUGUAGAGAAACACCAGAUAACCCGUUUCAGUUGGGAUCCGCAGGGCACCCUUCUUUGCAAAGCAACGCUGUCAAUUCUUUUUGCCGUUUCCUUUUCCGGAUGAAGCAGUAACAAAGCAUUUCCUGCCGCUCUUGUUCAUGAUCUGAUUAAAUGAGCCUUCCUCCCACACCUGCCACUGACAGCGCUGUGUUAGCCGGAACGCACGUUCCGCCAGUAUAAAGCCUUGCCAUUACAUUUGGACUGGAUACGUAUCUAUUGAGGAAGUAAUGUAUGGUGUGUAUGGGGGGUGGGGUCAGUUUUUAUUAUUAAUACUAAUUUCUUUGUCUUUUUAAUGUAUUGCUGUAGUCUGCUUUGUGUACACAGAACAAUUCUGCACAGACAGCAAUAAACUUUUUAGAUACAGGCUGUUUUUCUUUUCCCCUUUGCAUUCCACUGGCUGCUCACAGGAAGAAAAUAAAAUAUUCCCAAACAUUA